UUUUCUGUUUGAACAUACCUUAAAAUAAAUUAAUUUUUUUUUUCAACACUAAAUAAGCACUGAACACAUUCAUUCGACUUCGAUUUUUUUUGCAUUAAAUUAUUUGCCAUCAUCUGUCAAAAAAUUAAAAUCACAUCGCUUCUAACUUCACAUUACAACCGCCAUUUAUUUAAAUAAAAAACUGCUUUGCCUCAACAGCUUCUUCAUUUUCAUUUUCCAAAGAAAAAUCUAUAUCAAUUCAUCCAUCAGUUUUCAUUGCAUCUUUUUGUUAUAAUUUAUUAAUUUAUAUAGUAUGGGCUCCAAACAAACUAAAUUCGAGGGUGAAUACUUACCACAAACACCUCAGCCACAGCAUCAACCAAUCACUGUCCAAACAGAGUUUGGCUCAGACCUUGAGGAUAUUCUAGACCCAAGAUCACCGCACAUUUGCCGAACUCCUUUAAAUGAAGUAGUACAAAAGAAGGAAAAUCACAUCUAUCAGCAAGUUGCUGCUAUUCCAGCAAUUUCAACAGAACAACCAAUGGGCUUGUUGCGAAAACGUUUUUUCAAAGGAUUUUCAUACAGCUUAAACGAUCCACGAUCGCCGAGUGUUAAUCUCAAUCGAACACCGCUGGUAUUCGAUGAAACAAUCAAUCUAGACGACACAUUCUCGGAUCUUUUUGUUGAAACGAAAAUUCCUCACUCCGAGGUUCUCUUUGAAACAACAUUUAGCCCGCCAAAAUUAGAAAAUCAAGAGGAAAAACCCACACAAGAAGAUGAGUUAAGAGAAGAAGUGGGAGUAGAACAAAAGACUGAAAAACUAGAAGAACUCGAAGAAAUUGCAACACCAAAAAUCACCAAAACCCAACCCCAAGAAACCACAAUCGAACGUGAUCCCCGAUCCCCGUCAAUCGGUGUCGAUCGCACACCAAUUAUACUCAACGAUGACGACGCCCCCGAUGAGGACGACAUGAUCGAGACAAUUCUCUCCACUUUGUCGCUCAAUCAGAAAAUUCCUGCAAACAAACCGCUAGAACGCAUCCGCAACAAAAAGCCCACCAAAGCCGUGACGUUGUCGCCAAGCAGCCGACGAGAUAUGAUCUAUGAGGAUCGUGAGAAUCACUCGACUCCGGCAAAGGCACCCAGAGGCGCUGGUGGGCUCGACUCACCUGCAGCAGCAGGCAAACGAACACCACUUAGUUGUCUCAAGAAUAAUCCACAAUUUCGAUCGAAAUCGGUUGAGGUUUCUGGCAAACAACUCAAGACCCGCUUACCCCUGACAAGCUUCGACGAUACGCUGCACAAGAUAACACCGGUCAAGAAGAUUCUGCGCUACUCCAACAUGGAGAACAUUGAGAAUUCAUUUGAAUUUUGAUAUAUUUUAGUUUUUUUUUGUAAAUUUAAGUUUUUAUUUUCAUUUCGAAAUAAAAUGUGCAUCUUUUUAGUACAAACGAUAAAAAA